UGAACGCCAAACCUCCAAGUCCGGCACUCCACUUGCUGAGCUUCCCAUGUUUUCCGCUGACCUUCCACAAUUCCUAUCAUUAUUCCUAUAAACUCUCCUUUUGCGGAUAAAGAGAAAAUCGAAGCCUUCAUCCACCAUGUUUGGCUUCAUCGCCGACGGUCUGACCGUCGCCAUAACCAUCCUCUUCCCCAUCUUCGCCUCCUACAAAGCCCUCCACACCUCGGACCCGGCCAUCCUCGCCCCCUGGCUGAUGUACUUCGUCACCCUCUCCCUCCUCACCGCCUUCGAAUCCACCUUGGACUUCAUCCUCUCCUGGAUCCCCUUCUACCCCUGGCUCCGCUUCAUCGUACACUUCUACCUCCUCCUCCCGGGCUCCUCGCACGGCGCCGGCUUCCUCUACAUCGAAUACAUCGAGCCCUUCCUGUACCACCACGAGCGGGAAAUCGACGACUUCAUCACCGACGCGCACGACCGCGCCAAGAAGGCGGGACUCCAGUACUUCCAGCAGGCGGUCGAGUGGGUCAAGGUCAACGUCCUGGGCUUCGCGCCCAGCAAACGCGAGCCGGAGCCGAGACCGGGACAAACGUAUGCGCAGAGCUUCAUGAGCCGGUUCGCCAUGCCCACCGCAAGAGGCGGCGCCGAUAACCUGUCGUACCUCGUCAGCCAGGCCUUGUCGGGCGCGAGCGCUUUGUACGGUGCUUCUGGCGCCGGCGCCGGCGCACAAACGGCUGGUGUGGAGAGAGGAGCAGGGGCUGGUCUUGUACCGGAGAGUAUACGCAACCCCGCCGACAGGCUCAACUAUGUAGCUAGCCAGCGCUCGCGGCUCGCCAGCUUAUUACAAGAAUUCGACCGCGAGCAGGAUAACCUGCAGCGACAGCGCGACUCGGGCGCUAGCUAUACCCCCAGCAGCAGCGGCGGGUCUGGAGGUCUGUCAAAGAGCCGGUCGGAAGCUGAGUUUGACCGGAUCGAGAGAGAGGAAGUAAGCAGUGGGGCUGCUCCACCACCCUAUCCUGUUACACCGCCGGCGUUUGAGAGGAGAGCGAGUGGAGGGUGGAUGCCGUGGAAUUGGCAGAGAGGGGCUGGGGGCCAGCCGGUGCAGAGAGGGAGGGGAGAUGAUGAUGCGUUGGCAUAUGGGAAGGUGCCUGAAGGGGAGAGGGGGAGGAGCUCUGGAUAUGAUAGGGGCUUGUGAGGUUGAAGAAAUUAGUAUUUGGUGAUGAAAUCAAUGUGCUCUGUUUCGCUUUAAAACAGGAUGUGGGUUGUUUCGGUUUCAAGUAUUGGGUAUCAUAUCUUGGUUAUUUAGGAUGUAGACCAAGAGGUGGGAAAGAGAGCUAGCUGCACGCUCAAUCACAGAGACUACAAAGCCUCAGCAUGAACACACGCACUCCACAGGCUAUUCCUUUUAUAUUUCAC